GAAUUAACCUGAAAGAUGAAUUUUGCUGUUUUAUCGUUUGCUGUGCUGUUUUGCGGCUCGACUUUGGCACACGAUGGUGGUAAUAUUACUGAAAGGGAACGAUCUACUGAAGCACUGUCAUGCUUUCCGGUACAUGAUCUCCUGAUACAGUUCGGUGCCUUGACAGAAAAAGUCAAGGCUAUGGAAACCAGGAUGCAGGAAAGUGAAAAACAGAUUUUGGAACUGACGAAAAAAGGUGCAGUGAAAUAUAAAAAUUGUAUUGAAGAAUUCAUUGAGCAUUUUGACCAUUUUGACCAGAAUGUUUUGUUUUACACAGAAAAGCCUGAGGUGAUAUUCAGUGCAGUAGCAGGAAGAGGCAAUACAGACUUUGGACCCUUCAACACAGACAUAACAUUAAUCUUCAGAAGAGUUAUCACAAACGUUGGUAACGCCUACAGUCAGUCCACAGGUGUCUUCGUUGCACCUGUUGCAGGUGUUUAUUACUUCACCAUCUUCUUCCAUGCUGGAGGAGAACACGCGGGAAUGCUGUUACUGUUCAAGAACCAAGAGCUAAUGGUCAUGACGCAUGAUCACAAGACAAAGCAUGAUAAUGGAGGAAAUGAUCCAGCAGACAAUGGAGGAAACGCAGUGUUCCUGCAGCUGCAGCGAGGAGACCAAGUGUAUGUGCGCAUGCCUGCAAACUCGUACGUCUGGGGAUCUGACUUCCAUACGACGUUCAGUGGCUUUUUGGUUACUGAAAUGUGAGAUAUAUUGUGUAUCUACACAUUCUGAACUUUAGUCUGUGGGUAUCUCAAACACAAGUGGACCAGACGUUCAAUGAGAAUUCCUAUGAUGAUAUUCAUCUCACUGAUUAUGAAAUCUGUAGUUCUGAUUUUCUGUGACAUUUCCCAUCUGCUACAGCCAUCAAUCCUGAAUUUCAGCUUGUACGCACCGUGAAAUAACACAUUUGUUCAAUGUGCAAGAAACUUAAACUUAAAGGGAUAAGAAACAUAUGACAAAUUAGAGGUAAGAACAGGUGUAAUGAUGUAUUGGUGUGAUUUCAUUUGUUGAUACGUGUGCUAUAGUGCAAUAAAAAGAUUUGUCUGAACAUAAAA